AUGGCCUCAGACUUAGAGGUGCUGACUCUCAUGCCAGCCAAUUCACGCUCGGCUGUGAACCCUUCUGCUGCGAACUGGAGGCCACCACCUGAUGAAGCCAAACAGGACCGCAUUAUCCGCAAAGAUCAGAGAGAGAGAAACCUGCAGCUUGUGAGAGAUUAUAAGCCUCACAAAGAUGUCCAGCAUCUCAGAAUUAUGCUUCAUGGACCACCAGGUGCUGGAAAGUCCAGCUUCAUCAACUCUGUCGACAGUGUGUUAAGAGGCAAAAUCGCGGCUCGUGCUCUGGCAGCAAACAACUCUGGUGACAGUUUCACCAUUGAGUGUAGAACAUAUAAAAUUCAAAAGGGAAAGCCAGGAAUUUUUUACCCUUUUGUCUUCACUGACACCAUGGGCCUUGAGAAAGGCACUAACAGAGGAAUUCAUAUGGAUGACAUCAAACUUGCCAUCAGUGGAUGUGUAAAAGAAGGUUACAGGUUCAAUCCCGCAUCUCCCUUACUCAAAAAGGACCCGAACUACAACAGUUCCCCCACUGAAAGUGACAAAACCCACGUUCUGGUUUUCGUUGUUCCCGCCAACACAGUGAGCUUAAUCGAUUAUGAAACAAUGGAGAAGAUGAAGGAUGUCAGAUUAGCAGCUCGUAACAAAGGGAUCCCUCAAAUAGCUGUGAUCACUAAAAUUGAUGAAGCCUGUCCUGAAGUCAAAAAAGACAUAAAGAAUGCCUACAAGAGCAAGUACUUGAUUAAGCAGAUGGAAAAAGUGAGCACAGACCUGGGUCUUCCAAUGAACUGCAUCUUUCUCAUGAAGAACUACCACACGGAAAUUGACACGGAUGACGACAUGGAUUCAAUGAUACUGAGUGCACUGAGAAAGAUCAUCGACUAUGGAGAGGACUACCUGAAUGACUUAGACUCAGGACCACCUGAGGCAUAGAAAAAGAAGAUGUAAGUAGCUACAGUUACUCUUCGGGUGGUUUUGAAUUGCCAUAGUUACAAUCACAGUUACAACAUGUUAUUUUUGUCAGAACCUGUAACAUAAUGAUUUUUGUCUGCUUCUUAUUUUAUGUAACUUUUU